AGAAUCUUCGCCAUUUUGAUUCGAAAAUAUGACCGAGUUUUUCCUGCUUUGCAUGCUUGAGCUGGGAAGAGGCUAGCUUAUGAAUUUAUGUACUGUAGAAGAUAUGAAUAUAUAUUACGCGUAAUAAUAUUGAAUAUACAAGGUACAAAUGUGAGGCAUGUCCGUUGCCACGUCACAAGAGACAAAUAUCCGUGUUAGCAGGUUGACAGAUACUUUGCUCAUACUGCUCGUCAGACUGACCCAUCAAAACAAAUCACGUUUGGCUAGUUCGCUAACUAACGUUAGCUAUUAGCUAACGACGGUAGGUAGCGUAACGUUAGCCAUACAGACGAGUGGAUUGCAAACUUUGAACAACACGGUUAUGGUGGGCCUUUCAGUGUGUUGUGUACUAAGGAUGCCCGUGUUCUAAGAGGAGACCCAUGCUGAUAAAUGCCAGGCCUCGCCACGCUCUCUGCUGUCUGCACAAACACAAAUGCCUGCCUGUCUGAGGGAGGUCUGAUUAAAGAUACCCACAUUUAAUCUGCUGGGCUGUGCCCCCUGUCCAAGCAGCCACCAUGUUCUGGAAGUUUGACCUGCACACCACGUCCCACAUCGACCAGCUGCUGGACCGGGAGGACGUGACGUUGCGGGAGCUCAUGGAGGAGGAUGAUGUCCUGCAGGAGUGCAAGGCCCAGAACCGCCGGCUGCUGCUCUUCCUCUCCCAGGACCACUGCAUGACAGAGCUGGUCAACCUCAUCACCACAGAGCCCCCUGCUGACCUAGAGGAGAAGAGCCGCUUUAAGUUCCCUAACAUCGCCUGUGAGCUCUUGACAUCAGACGUGUCCCUCAUCAACGACAAGUUGGGCGGGGACGAGUCACUCCUGGAGACUCUCUACCACUUCCUGGAGCAGGACCCGCCCCUCAACCCGCUACUAGCCAGCUUCUUCAGCAAGACCAUCGGCAACCUCAUCGCUAGGAAAACAGAACAGGUAAUCUCCUUCCUGAGGAAAAAGGAUGGCUUCAUCGGCCUGGUGCUGAAACACAUUGACGCUUCCGCCAUGAUGGACCUGCUGCUUCGCCUCAUCAGCUGUGUGGAGCCUGCCCCCUUGAGACAAGAGGUCCUCAAUUGGCUGAGCGAAGAGAAGCUGAUUCAGAGACUCACAGAGCUCAUCCAUACAGGCAAAGACGAGGAAAGACAGUCAAAUGCGUCUCAGACGCUUUGUGACAUCAUCCGCCUUAGUCGAGACCAGGCCAAUCAGAUGCAGGAGAACGUCGAGGCCGACCCCUUAUUGGCUGUUCUAGAGUCGCAGGAGAGCGUAGCGGGGCUCCUGAAGACCAUGUUUGAGGGGGAGAGGAGUGAGGCCUCCAUUGUUAACGGAACUCAAGUGCUACUUACCUUACUGGAGACCAGGAGGUCCGGGUUGGAGGGGCUGAUGGAUCUCUAUUCUCAGGGAUAUGAAAGGUCUUACACUGUCAACAGCAGUAUUCUACAUGCCAUUGAGCCCCAUCUAAAGGACUUCCAGCAGCUUCUCCUGAAUCCCCCCAAGAAAAGUGCAAUACUGACGACCGUUGGCCUUCUGGAGGAGCCGCUGGGGAACGCCCGCCUUCACGUGGCCCGGCUGGUAGCCGCCCUGCUGCAGACCAGCGCCCCCAGUGUCUGUCAGGAGCUCUGCAAGCUCACCACCAUGGACCAGCUACUGGACCUGUUCUUCAAGUACUCGUGGAAUAACUUCUUGCACUUCCAAGUGGAGCUGUGUGUGGCGUCCAUCCUGAACCACUCUGUCCCAGAGGAGCGGCCCAUCCCGGGCCUCCAGAACCACGAGGAGAAGCCCCCAGCAGGCCCAGAGAACCAGGGGGAGGCAGGAGGUGAAGCUGGGGAGCCAGCCAAGGCCAGUGACUCGGUGGAGGAGACCACCCUUCACAACACCCUGGUGGCACAUCUCUUCCAGAAGUGUCGGUUGGUACAGAGGAUCCUGGACGCCUGGGAGGAGAACGAUCAAAUACAGGCGGAGGGCGGCGCUAGGAGAGGUAACAUGGGUCACCUGACCAGGAUGGCCAACAUGGUGGUACAGAACCUAGAGAAAGGACCAGUCCAGUCCCAGAUCAGUGACCUCAUCAAAGAGUUGCCAGAGGACUGCAGAGGACACUGGGAGAGCUUUGUGGAUGAGACUCUGAGAGAGACCAACAGGAGAAACACAGUGGAACUGGUGAGCACGCAUAACCUGCACUCCUCCAGUGAAGACGAUGAUAUGGAGAGUCCCUUCCCCAACGAUCUGUCACUCCAACAGGCUUUCUCAGACUAUCAGAUCCAGCAGAUGACUGCCAACUUUGUGGAUCAGUUUGGGUUCAACGAUGAGGAGUUCAGUGAGCAUGAUGAAAACAUCAAUGCCACAUUUGACCGGAUUGCAGAAAUAAACUUCAAUCUAGAUGCUGAUGAUAAUAGUGCCAACGCUACUGCCUUUGAGGCCUGCUGUAAAGAGAGGAUACGUCAGUUUGACGAUGCUGAAGAGGAGGAGGACAUUUGGGAGGAGAAGGAGAUUAACUAUGCAACACAAGUCAAAUCCAGAACAAGGUUUGGGGUGUCCCACACCUCAGAGAGCAGUCUGGAGAACGGGGGUCGGGAGCGGGACCGCGGGUCGGGUUCUGACGAGGAAGACGACUCCAGACAGAGCGCCUCAGAUCCAGGCAGCCUGGAGGAGAGCAAGGACAGCACUCCCAGUACGCCUGGCAAUCAAUCAGCCACUUGUCCAAGCUGGACAGCGAGCUUCGGGGAAGCUGGGGGUAACUCGUCCUCUCCGGGUCCUGCAGGCUGGGAUUCUCCAGGGGGGAGUGGAGGAGACAAACAGGAGGCAGGUUGGGCCAACUUCACGGAGUUCCAACCUUUCAGCAGCCCAGAGGCUGGCCCCAGAUGCAGCUCUCCCGUAGGCAGCAGUGACACAGUCAAACUGGGUCCGGACAAGAGUGGUGCGAGCCCCUCUCCCGGUGGUGAGUGGCCAGUGGGUGAUGGUAGGAAGGCUCCCCUUGUAGCCUCAGAUAGCAGCUCCUCCUGGGCUCCGACAGCGAGGACGAUGACAAGACUGCCGCCGCCGCCGCCAGCUCGGACGCCAACAAGAAAGCUGAAGUCAAACGUGAGGAGAACCCCAUCCCUCUGGAAAAACUGUCCCUCGCAGACACUCUCAAGUCCCCCCCAAAGGCACAGCUUGCAGCAGACACACCGUCAGCCUCGGCCCCCACCUCUCAGACAGACAAAGAGGAUCCACCCCAGUGCCCAGAGAUGCCAGCAGUCAACGGGCCUGUCUGAGGGGCAGACAGUCCUAAACCCCAGACUGGUGUGACAGACUGUGCCAUUUCUAGGGAGACCACCCCCUCCCAAAUAACCUCACUGCAACCUACAGUGUUUUAAUGAAUCACGCUGCCAUGUUAUUGGACCUGGACACUGCCAAUCAACACCAAUAAUGGGGAGACGGGACAUGUAAAAGCAACCAAUCAUCCCAACCAACAGGCAGAACAGUGUAGAGGAAAUUGUCUUCAAAGCCUUUUCUGAUGUCGCACAUAAAUACGUGUGGUUUUAUUGUAGCAGUGAUCUCUUUUAAACAACCGAAAUCUGAGAGGAGUAUAAACAGUUUUUUUCUGAAGGAUUUGUUCUCGUACUCUUUUCAAACGGUUGGACCUGAGUAGUAAGGAGCGCGUAGUGCAGGUUAACUUAACGAAAUGAUGCCUCAACAAUAAAUACCUUUCUGAAAAUGUUUUCCUUGAGCUUAAAAGGCACUUAUGCAGCCAUUUUUACUGUACAUUAUAGGACAAUGUUAAGUGUUCUACCCUCAGCUCUGAUGGCCAUCUUGUCUCGCUCUCAGAUCAAGGUUUUUACCAAACUUUUUUUGUUUGUCAUGGAAAAACAUCUAUUCUUGUACCUCACCAGUUCUGAAUGUUUUAAAGUGUCCAAGGAAAAGGGUGGGUCAAGAAACACAGUUCUAUAGUAUUAGUCUUCUGCUCAUGUGCAAUAAUGACAAUUAGCCAUUUUAUUUAAAUCAACUUUUAGUGUUGUCGAAAGGAAGACUCAUUCGGUAUAGUUAUAUGGGCCAACUAAUUUGGAUAUAAACUGAAAGGUUAUGAUUUGUUAUGUUACUCCAUGUAUAACCGGUUCUCCGUUGACCUAGCUAGUGAGCUGAGACCUGAUUGUAUUUGACUUUGUUAUUGCUAUCCCCCUUAAAUCAACCAAACAUGAUCUACCUAUAUUCAAAUAUCUACAUUUUAAAGUAAAUUUUACAAGCAAUGUUGA